AUGAUCGGGAAUCAACAUCUUCAAGAUUUCGACCUGUCGCUUUUCGACCUAUCGCUUCUGAACACGGAGUAUAGAGUGGGUAUGCGUCUCCUAAACACUGAAAAGCUUGAGGUCGUCCUGAUCCGGGAAGAUGCAAUCCCGCCUUACGCUGUCCUGUCUCAUACAUGGGGAAAUGAUGAGGUUACGUUGCAGGAUAUGCACAACUUCAGCGCCAAGGACACGCCGAAGCGCAGUCCAAGUAUCACAAAGAUCAUCGACGCUGCUAAGCUCGCCGCCUCCCAGGGCUAUCGGUGGAUCUGGAUUGACACUUGUUGCAUAGACAAGACCAGCAGUGCGGAACUCUCUGAGGCAAUCAAUUCCAUGUACAUAUGGUAUGAAAACGCUGGUGUCUGCUAUGUCUAUAUCGAGGAUGAUACAAGAGGCCAGCAGGAUGCAGACUCAUAUUUCCAAGAUGAUUUGGGUGCAUGGACACUGCAAAAGUCCCGUUGGGUAACGAGGGGAUGGACACUGCAAGAGCUCAUAGCUCCAAAAGUGGUUCGUUUUUACACCAAGGACUGGGGAUACAUGGGGGAGAAGCGCGAUCCAUCCAUUUGCGACGCCUUGACAAGAGCAACUGGUAUUGAGACUGGAGUCUUGUCCGGCCAGAUCACAGUGACAGAAGUCAGCGUCGCGAAUCGAAUGAAAUGGGCGUCCAAAAGGCUGACAACACGGCCCGAGGAUAUCGCGUAUUGCUUGAUGGGUCUCUUCGGGGUUAACAUGCCACUAUUGUAUGGUGAAGGUGGUGUGCGGGCUUUCAUUCGGCUACAAGAGCAAAUCCUCAAAAUCACUGACGACCAAAGCAUAUUCGCUUGGCAACUACACUCUCAAGAUGAAGAUGAGACCAUGUACGGACUUCUGGCCACCUCACCAUCCUAUUUCGAAGGCAUCCGGAGCAUAUACCUUAUGCCCACAGGGUUUCAGUCCAGCAGCAGCGUGCCGUGGAGUUUGACAAACAAAGGCCUUAAUGUGCAGCUCUAUAUUCGUCCCGAGCUUGGAAACACAGAAGAGCAAUACCUCGCGAUCCUGGAUUGCUUUCAGGCCCAUGAGGAAUCCCAAGACAACAUUAAUAAUGAAUUUCAGGCGUAUAGUCCUGCAAUCCGCUUACGCAGACUAUGGGGAGACCAAUACACACGAAUUCGUGCCCACGUAUGCGAGUCGGUUGGAGAACGUGCUAGGCAUGGUGGCCACCACGAGACUUUCUUUGUCAAACAAAAUCCAGCUCCAGCAUUGCCCAGCCUGGGGAUACACGAUUACCCGCAGCUUGGGCAAGCAGUGCAAAACUGGAGGCUUCGCCAGGUUUUCCCCAACGACCUGUGGAAUGGCGAAGCCGGGAUAUUUCGCUUAAGUCUUUUUCGGGCUCGUGGAAUCCAAGGAAUGUUCCGUUUCACGCGGUAUCAACAUACUCAUCGACAUUUCGCACAUUUUGAACUCAGGGAUGAGCACCUGGAUGUUGCAGUCGUACUGCAUCGGACAGUACGGGCAGAUCUAGAAGCUGUAUGCUUUCCCAGACCCUUGGAAGGACACACUCUGGAGCAGGCGUACUAUAGGUUGAACCGGAUUUGGACCGAUGCAUCUAGGGAAGAGCAAGACCGCUUAUUUGGAGAGUAUCAAGAGCGCAUCAUGGUCGUCCCGGAAAUGAUAAAAUCAGUGAGGGCUGGCCGCGGUCUAUACCUCCUUAAUCUUCGUGAGAGGUUCGAACUAGAGACCGAUCUGAGCGGCGUGCCAAGGCUCUGGACAUCAUUUGUCGAAAACCGUCGCGUGAAGUUGGGACUUGACGAAAGCGUAAUGGAACUCGACGGUGUACCAGUGGAUGAAAAUUCUGUCAGAAAAGCACAAGCAGCCCUUCUUGAGGAUUCAAGGCCUGAAAGACCUCGCGUUGAACUGAUAGAGGACGAGCUUAGAUCGCUCCUGGAGCCUCUAGUUCCGUGGUCACAUUCUCAAAGUGAGACGUUCCGACAACAAUUGAAAGACGGUGCCAAUGAUAUGGGAAACAUCGUUGGGGCUACUGCCAGCUUUGAACUUUGUCGAGCUGUUAUUACCGGAAAUGCACUGGAGCUAGAGGAUAUGCUGGAACGUGUGGAUAUUUCGGACAUCGCAGGACCUGUCUCCACGUUUGAAGGCUUCCAGUUGAUACAUCUGGCAAGUUUGACUACUGGCCCUCGAAUCAUCUCAGCGUUGCUGAAGAAGGGCUUAGAUCCUUUAGCAGUGACAGAUAAGGGAUUUAAUGCAUUUCAGCUGGCAUCGAUUUGUGGUAGAAGUAAGGUGCUAGCAUGUCUACUACAACUAGCACCUCAGGUUGCGAAAGACCAGACCUCGACCUCAGAACAUGAGGAACCCGUCUACGAGAAGGCGGUCUCGAGGUUCAGGCAAUACUUUGGAUCAGAAGGACACCUUCAGGAUACUGCUCUUCAUCUUGCGGCAGUACACUGCUCUGCAGGAGAAUUCGAGAGCAUCCUUGAAGAGAUUGUGAAAGCCAUUCGCAUCCCGAUAUACAGAUGGACCUCCUCAGAAAUCACUCAAGAACGGGAAUACCUCGUCUGUCUACGGAACAGCCUUGGAGAAACAGUCCUUCACAGAGCCGCUGCCGCAGCCAAUCGUGAAGUCGUCAGGUUUAUUUGCGAAAUAGUACCUGAAGCAUCGACCCGCCUAGACUCGAUGAGUCGAUCAACUCUGUGGCAUGCAGCAUACGGAGGGGAUCGGGAGAUCGUACGGCUUGUUGCAGCUGCACAUUCCAGUUUCAGAGUUGCGCCAUUACUGCAUCUGUCUGAUGAGAACGGCGUCACCCCGCUACAUGUUGCAUGCUGGAGGGGGCAUGCUGAUUGUGUCAAUGAAUUGCUGAACCUUGGAGCCACGUCACUCUCCAGAACGCGGGAGUUGAACCUCACGCCGCUCCACUACGCUGCACUAUUUGGACACGAUGAUUGCCUCAGAAUCAUGGUAGACGGGGUCUGGCGUGGGACACGGCAGCUAGGGGACUUCAACAUGGUAAUGGACAUGAGGGCCUCGAAGGAAUCAUUUGAGCUCUUCGCGCCCAUCCACUUGGCGGCUGCAAAUGGCUGGCUGAAAUGCGUCCAAGUUCUCGCGUUGAAUGGUGGAUCAAUAUCGGCAACAUCGUCCUUCUACUACGGAUUGGCCCACGAAGCUACGAAGACUAGACUAGCAAAGCCGUUCAAGGGACUGGUUGCAGUUGUGCCGUCCACACCAGCCGAAAUAGCAACAAGAGAAGGUUAUGGGAAUGUUUCCAGGUUCUUGGAAAAUUUCAAGCUUCCAGAUGCUGACAGCAGGACGGAAAUAACUCUGAUGGAUUCGAAGUCUUUGGUUGAGGAUUGGAAUCGACACAUGAUCACUUCCACGGAUAAUGGCAGAGCAGAUUAG